GAUGUAGUUUGCUGUAGAUGUAGUGUAGUGUAGUAAAUAGCUGUAGUAGUUGGUUGAAAAAACAAGACGGAUGAAAGGCAGGACAAUGGGGGCCUUUUGUAUGUUUCCCUCCCCACGGUAGCAGAAGAAGUAUAAGUGAUCGGGAAAUAGACAGAAACCAAUCUGGACUGGGGGCCUGGAGCAAUGCCAAAAACGGAUCCCAAUCGAAUCUCGAAUCGUUUCCCCCGGGUUUUACGAACCCAGGAAGAAAUGGCAGCAGAUCGGUCAUCUUGCAGAGCGACUAGUAGGAAGAAGCUCCGGGCCCGCCUGGCCUGCUCCAUCGCCCAUCAUCCUCCAUCCAUGCUGUAUGCACUGUAUCUACGCUUUACGAAGCAUCGUCGAUCCCCAGUCCCCAAUCCAGACGUCAUGACCCGAAACCAACCAACAGAGAAUCGGAUGUCUGGAAUCCCCAUCGAAGCGUCCAGGCUCCACCGUGCUGCCUGCCCAGGCUGCCAGGGGCAAACCGAGCCCGAAUGGGGACGAGGCAGCAAACCGGAUGAUUCGUCACUUGAAGCACCCGGCGAAAGGGCGGUUUCAGGGACCGACCCAUUGGGUUCGACAGCUAACCUAAGCAUAGCCCAGGAGGUGAGUAGGAGUAAGUGAGAGUGAGCCUUAUUGCCCGGGCACCAGCCACACUUGUGUUAGACAGGAAACCUGAGCACCGCCUGAUUCUGAGUUGAACAUAUUUCGUAACUA